CCGCACGGGCGAUGGCACCAGCUGGGCAUUGCCGAGUUUGCCGACUCACGCUCAGAUCUACUUUCUUCGACUACUACCACAAUGAGCAUCCCUGUCUUCCUGCAGAAGACCUUUGACAUGCUGGGCUGCUGCGCGCCCGAGAUCGCCGCCUGGAGCAACAACGGCCGGUCCUUUGUCGUCAAGUCGCCCAAGGCCUUUGAGAAGACGAUGCUGCCACUCUACUUCAAGCACAACAACUUUGCCUCGUUUGCGCGCCAGCUGCGCUUUUACGGCUUCGACAAGACCAAGAAGCUCGAGGUCCACCCCGCGUCCGAGCUCGGCUCGAGCAUGUGGGAGUUCACGCACGCCAAGUUCCGCCGCGACGACCCGGAGAAGAUGGCGUCAAUUCGCCGCAAGACGUGCACUGAGCCCAACUCCAAGUGGGACAAGGAAGACAUCGAUAUGCUCAAGAGCAAGAUGACGACGCUCCAGACGCAGCUCUCGACGCUCAGUGACCAGAUCAGCCUCCUCACGUCCAUGGUGCACGAGUACGCCGAGGCCGUCGACGACGACGAGAUGUACAUGGCGCCCACCCCCAUCGCCGACGCCACAUCGUCCAUGGUCAACGACAUGCUCGAGAUUGAAGCCAGCGACCUCUACGCCGAGUUUGACUAUGAUUUUUUUGGCUCGUUUGCGACCGACAAGGCCAUGGGAUUCGAGCCGCUGGGCCUCCCUCUCGAGUCAUGAACACUGCAACUCCACGACCGCACUUGACGACGCCUUCAGGCCUUCUAUCUCAUCCGAAUAUGAGGCCGCCCACCCGACCUACCUUCCCCCAAGACUAGGUCGUCUACAAGGUGUACACAUUUGCAUAGUCUAAAUCAACCAACCUGUCUUCGUUGUAUUAUCUUCCA